CACGCAGCUGCAGCAGCAAGACCCUUAUUGAUCAGGAGAGUUUAUAUUUCCCCCCAUCAUAUCCACCAAGAUGCCGCAGCUCAUCUCUGCCAGCAGCAACCUGGCUGCAACCACGCUUCUCCUGCUCCUUUCUGCAGCUGCCGCGGCGGCGGCAGCGCCACUUCAAGCUCAGGCGGGCACGGCCUGCCACAACGAUAUCAUCGCCCUGCGGACAACCUGCUACGAGUACGUCCAGGAGGGUGGUCGGGCGCUGCCGCCGUCGUCCAACUGCUGCGCCACCUUGAUGGGCCUUACCAACGUUCCCUGCGUCUGCGACUACCUUGGCUCCGACCUCGACGUCGACCUGGACAAAGUGUUCUACGUCGGCAGGCACUGCGGAUUCGCAAUCCCCAGGGGCUGCGGAGCAGGUCCAAUUGAACAAAAGGAGGGAAUUGUUGGAUCAUUCAAGCCAUAGCGAACUACAUUCGGCAUAUUUAAAGCAGGUCUGAGACAGGGAACCGGCAGAAUGGAGAAGUUGCAUGACAUACGCAGGGCACCUAGUAAUCCUCGGAUCGAUGAAUAAAGUUGGCCAGCAUUUAGUUGGAUGAUGUUCAGAUAUAAGAAUGUUAUUCACCUAUAUAGAACUCUGAUUAGCUCGUCACCUAAUGUGAUUCUGUAUCAAAGCCAGAUUCAAUAUAUGGCUCAUGAGACUGCAACUGUCUUAUGCUUCCUAUA